UUGUCUGUUGUGGACAAAUCACACCUCCACCACCUCCUCCACCACCUCCUCCACCCUCUCUGCUCCCCUUCCUUUGGUUAGUCGGUGCCCGUGUGUCAUCCACACUAACCCGCUGUUCAUACCUACCUUUACCGGCUUUCAGCGACCGACCGCGACGGUUGGUCAACGUCGACCAACCGCCACCACGCGGACGGCUGCUGACGUAUGUGUGUGUGUGUGUGUGUGUGUGUGUGUGUGUGUGUGCACGCGAGAAGGAGCGCGAGGAGGAGGAGUCUAUUCCAUGAGCGCGAGGAGAGGAGGGGGGAGCUAGUCGGUUGGAUCCGUGAGUGCUCACAGUUGUUGUGGCACAGCUCACUAGUUUCUCCCCGUUUGUGUGCACAGAAAGCCGGGUUGACGGGGACCGACACACACACACACACAUUACAACCCAGACCGGGCUCUCACAACGCGGAUUCGGAAGAGUUCGCGCCGCGGUAAAAGGUGGAGAGGUGGAGCCAGUGGAGGAGGAGACCCGAUCCGACCCGGACCUGAAAAUCGCGGGGAGAUCGCACAAAAGAGCCGGUGAGUGGAGGUUGUCGAAGAAUCCUGUGGUAAAUCCAUGACCAGGGACCCUUCGACUUGAAGGCAGCGAUGGAAGUUGUUGUGACAGAGGAGAAGAAGAAGAUUUUCCGUGCUAGGAAAACCAUGAAGAUCAGCGACCGAGGGCAGCUGGAGAGUCUCCACAGCACUUUGUUGACAGCGACUCCAGGUUUGUCCGAGUCCCCCCCACCACCACCUCUAAUGAACGGCACACACAAAGAGGACGGGCAAAAAGGCGGGGACAAAGAGCAAAACAACUCGGACUCAAACUCUCCUCGCACCACGUCCCCCGCCUCGCCGGCCUAUUUGAGCUCUCCGGCUCCUUUCCUGUCCUUAAAUCUGUCCCCUUCGCCGCCCUCCUCGCAAAGCCCAUACCGGAAGGAGGACGCCUCUCCCACAUCACCAUUCCACUCUCUGAACUUUGAACUGAAAAAGAUGGAGGGUGAUGAGGAGGAGAAGGGGGAGAAGAAAGUUUCUCCGUCGACCUCAUCGAAUGAGUCCGUUACACCAACAUCAACAGAAUCCAAGGAGAACCAGGAAGGGGUCAAAGAGGUGAAACAAGACACGGAUGCGAAGGAGGCUGAACAGGCAAAGAAGGACUCUGCUGUGGAUUUGGAAAAGGAUUCUGUAAAAGGUUUGGUUCCAUGUUCAUCUGUGCCCUCUCCAGUAUCUGACUUCACAGAGCCAAUGGAUACAGAUAAUGACACUGUAAAGGCCAAGGACCCCGAGGCCUCCACGGCCAAAACAAAAGACGAAAAACCUCCAUCCCCAAAGUCCACCGCCUCUGACUCCUCUCUCCCUCGUCCUUCCUCCUCGUCUCAUCCAGCAUCCUCUUCUUGUGCGGACGUAAAACAGGAAAAGGAAACCAAAGAGGAAGUGAAAGAACUGGAGGAUGACAAAGAGGAUGUGAAGAAGGGAUCAAUAAGUGAGGCAAAGAUGGAGGUGGACUCCGUGAAAGUACAGACCAAAAAGGAAAAGACUGAAGUUAGACAAACCACAAAGCCAUCUCGGCCAGCAUCCACUCCUCCAUCUAACACAGUAGUGCAAGAGGACAAGGGCUCCACCUCGGGACUGAAGCGCACUUUAUCAGAGGGCUACGAAAAAGAUGAACGGCCCAUAAAACGAGAGGUGAAGAGGCCCAAGGUGGAGCGCGGGGAGCUGGAGGCACAACUGGAACUUAAGAUUACUGCAAAAGCUGGCAGUCAUCAUAAACUUGAAAAGAUUGUGCAACAGCUUGUAGAUGAGCGGUUGAGGGCCUUGCAGCUGACUAUUUUCGACAAACAUUUCGAGGAGCUGAAGGAGAGAGUAGACAAGAUCGACUGUGCCACUAAACACCAAACCGCCAUUAACACACUCCAAGCCAAGAUCGCCCGACUAGCAAAAAAGUUUGGGGAGGCCAAUCAGGCGUCAGAGAACAAAAGGAAACAAGAGGCUCUCGCUGCUGCUGCUGCCGCCGCCGCCGCCACUGCUGCUGCUGCAGCUGCCAAGACUGCAACUGUUUCAAACAGCCCUCAAGUCCCACGGCCGGUCCGGACCUCCAUGGAAGUAAAGCAGACUCCAACAACCGUUUCUUCGUCCAGCACAGCUGUAAAUUCAGUCCUCUCAGCUCUGCAGGCCACCACCUCAGCUGCAGUCCAAGUACCCACCUCCACUGCCAUGGUUACACAGGCCCCCAUCCUCCAGCUGAUCACCUCCACUGCUAAUGCCGCCUCCACCUUGGCUACUGGCAUCACCACACAGAGUCCCACGGGCACCCUGCUGCUGAAGACGGCCCCCGGGAGCAGCAUGAUGGCGACAGGCCAGCCGCUGCUCAUCCAGCUGCCUUUAUCGAUGGCUAACGGCCAGCCGGGGACGCUGGUCAACAUUCCAGUCUCCUCUUUGUCCGCAGCCAACACGCUGAACAAAUCCAAAACCACUACUACCGCCACUUUUAUACUCAAGCCUGCUCCCGCCAUCACCACGGCACCAGUCUCGGCUGCCGCCACCGUCCCAGCGCUCCAGGCCUCCGCCGCCCAGAUGUCGACGCAGAUCUCUCUUGCCCGUGCUGUCUACCAGGGCGGUGCCGGGGCGAUAACUACCCCCAACGCAGGGGUAUCCGUGACCACGGCCAGGACGCCAGCUCAGUCCGUCUCUGUAGCAGGAGCCAUGUCUUCCGCCUCUUCACCUGCAACGUCUGGGCCGGCGGCGACAGGUUCCACCGCUCCAGGACCGCCACAGGGGACGUCGCUGACAUCAAAGACAGACUGUGAGGACGGCCCCUUGUCCUCCUUAAUGGACUGUGAGGAUCCUGCAAAUGAGGACUCGGAGGUAGAAUCAGACCAGCUGCAGUCCAACUCCGAGUCAUCCGAAGACUCAUCCGAAGAUGAGGGCGGAGAGGAAAUGUGGGUAGCGGAAUGGACUUCAAAAAAUGAGAUAGUUUGGUCUCCAACACACGUUGAGACGUGCCGCUCCGUGCCAGCAGCCAGCACCUUGAUCCCGGGGCCUACACACUACGCCACCACCCAAAUCAGUGACCCGUUCUCCAGCUUUGCGCUCCUGCUGACUGAUCAGAUCCUGGAGCAUAUUAAGGCCAUGACUAACCUGCAUGGGAGACGCUCAAUCGCAAACUGGCGAGAUGUGGACAUGGAGGAGCUGCAGGCAUUCGUGGGGUUGCUCAUUUUGGCCGGUGUCUACAGGUCAAAGAAUGAACCAACCCGCAGCCUCUGGAGUGACAAAUCAGGGCGGAGCAUUUUCCCGGCUACAAUGUCCUUCAAGAGGUUUCAACAGAUCAGCCGAGCACUGCGCUUCAACGACGAGCUAUCCAAAACCCAAGGCUGUGACGACAAGCUAGCUGACAUCCGCAAAGUCUGGGACAUGUGGACGAGCCGCCUGCCGAUGCUGUUCAACCCGGACAGGGACGUCUGCGUGGGCAAACUGUUCAUCCCAUUCAAAGGCAGGUGCAGCUUCAGGCAGUACAUGCCAAAUGUGGGCAGGCAGCCCAAAUUUGGAAUAAAGAUUUGGACAACCUGUGACGUCAACACGUCAUACGUCUGGAAACUGCAGGCGUACACGGGAAAAGAAGCUGGCGAUUGUGCUGAAGUCAACCAGGGGAUGAGUUUGGUCCUGGACAUGACAGAGGAGCUCAAGGGGCAUGUCGUUACCUGCGACAAAUAUUUCACCUCCUUCACGCUGGCAGACGAGCUGCUCAGGAGGAAUCUGGCCCUGGUUGGUGUGAUUCGUAAAGGCAAUCCUGAGCUUCCCCGCCAUUUGCUCCAGGCAAGAGAGAGAGCGGUCUUCUCCUCCACUUUUGCUUUCACAGAGACCCACACACUGGUCUCUUACAUCCAACGACGGGGAAAGAAUGUGCUGCUCCUGAGCACGAAACACCACCAUCCAGACAUCGGUGACGAAAAAAAGGGGAAGCCCGUCAUAGUCAAAGAUUACAACAGAUGCAAAGGAAGCGUCAACAACCUCGAUAAGGCUCUUGACACCUACUCCUGCAGGAGGAAAACAAAGUGUUGGCCACUGGCCCUCUUCUACAGCCUGGUUGACAUUUCACUCUAUAACGCCUACGUCUUGUGGACAUUCGAGCCGUCGUGGCAACCGAAUCGGAAACCGUACAAGCAGAGGCUGUACAUCGAAGAGGUGGGAGAAACGCUGGUGACCCCACACAUCAAGAAGAGAGGGCGCCUUCCCCGCUCGUCGGCCGCCGCGGGAAUAGUUGCAAAUCUGCGGGACGCAGCUCCCCCUCUCAUCGGGAAAUGUAAAGGCAGAAAGCGGUGCGACUUCUGCACGGACGCAAAGAGAAGAGCCAGCUGCAGCAUCGCCUGCUGCAAAUGCGGGAAGGUCAUAUGCAAAGAACACACUCUGACCGUUUGCAGGCUGUGCUUCACCUGAGCUGGACACAUCCACCCUCCAUCGCCUCCAUUGUCAUCUCAGUGUUCAUCUUAAUAUAUAAAUAAAUGUUUUCUGGUUCAAACUUGU